AUGAUAUUCUCCUGGAUAGCACAGUGUUUGGGCACAGUGCUAGGACCGGACGGCGAUUAUAUCGCCGCGCGCGAUGUGACACAUGUCGUUCAAGUUCUCAACGUUUGGGACAAAGGCGCCCUGAUCAAGGUUCGGACCGUUACCGGCGAAGAGCGGAUUGUUUACAGCCCACUCUUAGAGUUGGAGUGGAUGCUGUGGGAAGCGGGGUCGGCUAAGAAAAACCUUCCCCUGGACUCUAAAGCCCUCAACCAUAAUGGGACUUACGGGGACGGUCGGAAGACUAUAGAUGACCCUGAAACUGUCGAGAGGGUUGAGACGUACCAAGGCAUCGAACAUGCUGGAGGAAGGUGCCUGGUCUGGGCUGAAGUAGUUCCGAAUAUACCUGUCAAGGUGAUUUUCCCGAGCUUACGCGACUACUCACGAUGUCAGGGAGCCGAGCGGUAA